AUGGCCAUCACCCCAAAGCCUACCAUCGGGUUCGUUGGCCUUGGAGCCAUGGGCUUCGGCAUGGCAACCCAUCUCAUCAAGCGAGGCUUCUCUGUCAAGGGGUUCGAUGCCUGGGCCCCGACGUUGGAGCGGUUCAAGGAAGCUGGUGGUAUAGUGGCAUCAUGCUUGGAGGACUCGGCCAGAGGAUGCAUGUAUUAUGUAUGCAUGGUAGCUUCAGCACCGCAGGUUCAAUCUGCUUUAUUCGAUGACGCCAAACCCAUUCUCAACGCACUCCCGCAAGGAGCAGUACUUAUUCUAUGCUCAACCGUACCAGCCGCAUAUGCCCAGUCUGUACGUGACCAGUUAACGUCUCGCGGCAGGGAUGACAUUUCCUUCAUCGAUGCACCGGUCUCUGGUGGCGCCAUACGUGCUGCCAAUGGCACUCUAUCGAUUAUGGCUGGAGGGUCAGAUGCGGCGUUGGAAAGAGGUAAAUUCUUGCUUGCUGAAAUGUCAGAUGAAGCCAAGCUAUAUCUGGUCCCUGGUGGCGUCGGAGCCGGAAGCAAUAUGAAGAUGGUGCACCAGGUGCUGGCUGGCAUACACAUACUUGCUGCCAGUGAGGCGAUGGGGUUUGCAGCUCGAUUAGGGUUGAAUGCGGAGGAAGUUCGCGCUACAGUCAUCUCAUCCAAUGCAUGGAGUUGGAUGCAUGAGAAUCGUUCACCAAGAAUGUUGCAGGAAGAUUAUUUUCCUGGCGUCAGUGCCCUGACUAUUAUUCUCAAGGAUGUCAGCAUCAUCACCAACUCCGCUCGCCAGUAUCAAUUCCCAGUCCCACUCUCCUCUACCGCUGAGCAGGUUUAUGUCUCCGGCCUAUCUCAUGGCUACGGGGCCCACGACGACGCAGGCAUGGUCCGCAUGUACUACCCUGACCCUAUUGGCAAAGUAGUCACUCCCACCACCAUGACCCCCAUAUCCAAGGCCAAGGCCACAAAUCUCGUCGUCUCCCUCCUUCGAAACAUUCACCUCUGCGCGGCCGCUGAAGCAGUUGCUUUUGCACGUUACCUUAAAGUUGACAUGGAUCAAUUCUAUGAACUAGUCAAUGCGGCUGCAGGUGGUAGCUCGAUGUUCAAAUCCAAGGGUGCAGAGAUGAUAGGUGGUGUCAAGCAGGCCGGCGUACAGGUAGAUAGGUCUUUAAGCGAAGCUAUCAGCGAACUCUCAGCCGUCGUACAGGAGGCCAGGGAUUUGAAUUGUCCCAUGUAUCUAGGAGCUGCGGCUCUAGGGAUAUUGCACCAGGCAAAACAGAGCGGAUGGGGCAAGUGUUCGGAUGCGAGUGUCAUCAAGGUAUGGGAGAAGUAG